GCUAUGGGCACGCUGCCCCAGGCACCGAUGCUGGCAAAGUUUUCUGCAUGUUCUACGCCAUCCUGGGCAUCCCCCUGACACUGGUCAUGUUCCAGAGCCUGGGGGAGCGCAUGAACACUGUUGUGAGGCUGCUGCUCAAGAAGAUCAAGAAGUGUCUGGGCAUGAGGACAACCCAUGUCUCCAUGGAGAACAUGGUACUCGUCGGGUUUCUGUCCUGCAUGGGGACGCUGUGCAUUGGCGCAGCAGCCUUCUCUUAUUUUGAGGGCUGGACUUUCUUUCAUGCCUAUUACUACUGCUUCAUAACCUUGACCACUAUUGGCUUUGGGGACUUUGUGGCUCUGCAGAAGAACGAGGCUUUGCAAAAGAAGCCCCCGUACGUGGCUUUCAGCUUCAUGUACAUCCUGGUGGGCCUGACCGUCAUCGGCGCCUUCCUCAACCUGGUGGUGCUGCGGUUCCUGACGAUGAACUCGGAGGACGAGCGGCGCGAUGCUGAAGAACGAGCCUCGCUGAGGAGAGCCCAGAACAACAUCCACCUUAAGCCGAAAGAGGACAGCCGGGGCAACAAUGCCAUUUUUCUCCCCGUGGAGGACAGGACGAGCCAGAUGAACCUCAUCCCACUGAUCCAGGAGGACACGGAGAGGCAGCGGCGCCAGUCGGCCAACUCGGCGGCCGCGGUCCCCUCCUUCUGCACGUGCCUGUGCUACAGACCUCAGCUGUGCAGCAGCCCUGUGCCCUCCCACCCUGAGACCCUGAGCUGCCACACCAACCCUGUGUAUUAUAACUCCAUUUCCUACAAAAUCGACGAGGUCUCCCUGAGCACGCGGGGUCAGACCGGCUCUUCCCCAGGGAGCACUUUAUCAUCCAACAGCCCUCGGUGCCGGCAACACCCCCGGCUGCGGAGGAAAUCCAUCUAG